GCAGCAAACCGCUGCCGUCGAUGUCAGUGACGCAGUUAGCCGGGACAAUCCCCCUCAGAUUAGACCCGCAGGAUUUGUUCACCGGGAGCGACACGCCGAGUCAGGGCAGACAGAAUGAUCUAGAUUCAUACUUACAUUCAAACUGGAGCCUUUUCCACGAGCUUCUCCGUUCACGUAUGUAAUGACUGGACGCACUUUACGCACGCACAACUCCAGGGCGCGACACUUGAGGGGAGUCCUCUCCAAUGACCAGAGUGGACCCAAGACAGGUUUUACGCAGAGCGCGAAUAUGGCGACAGGAGUGUUUGGGGAACUUUCUGGUGAAGGCUACACUUCUCAUUAGUCAUCUGAGACCUGGUAAUGUGUGAUAUUCCUGCUGCCGGUGGAAACGUCUAAUCCCUCCCUGAUUACCGCGCACAGAUGGAUUGCGUCGAGUCGGCCGGCCGACUGACUGCAGGACCUCGUCAAAUGAAUUUAACCGCUAUGCUUGCGCUGUGACAGCUGACUUGAAGCCAUUUAGGGUCGUCCGGCAUCACACUGUAAGCGCCAGCGAGACCCAAGCGUCCCCCCUGGUGCCAAAAUGAGGAGAGCUGUACUGAAAGAAGCCGCCAAGCGAUUCCCCUGGCUGGCCAAUGUCACUCUGUACGGGUGCUUAUUCGCCGGCGGUGACCUUGCCCAUCAGCUCAUGGCCCAGAAGGAACGCAUAGACUGGAAACACACGCGCAACGUGGCCAUCGUGGCAAUCAGUUUCCAUGGAAACUUCAAUUACUUCUGGCUGCGAGCCCUGGAGAGGCGGUUCCCUGGAAAGUCCGCCGGGAUGGUCUUCCGCAAACUCCUGCUGGAUCAAAGUGUUGCGUCGCCUUUGGCCACCAGUGUCUUCUAUACGGGGGUGAGCUUCCUGGAGGGAAAGGAGGACAUCUUUGAAGACUGGAGAGAGAAGUUCUUCAACACCUGGAAGACUGGACUCAUGUACUGGCCAUUCAUGCAGUUUCUCAACUUUGUCCUGAUGCCGUUGUACCUGCGGACGGCCUUCAUGGGCUGCUGCGCCUUCCUCUGGGCCACCUUCCUGUGCUUCUCUCGGCAGAGUGGCGAUGGCACCGCCGCCGUGGCCCUGGCCUUCGUCAUGGACCCCCGCAAGACCCUGGAGGAGAUGCGUGAGGCUCGACUGGCUCGAAAAAAGCAAAAGAUCCAGAGGGAAAACUAAAGAGAGAAGGAGGA